UUCCCGAAGGAGCGAGCUGCGAGCAUCGACCUUUGUCUACAACAAACAACCUUGGCAUCGGAAACGACAUCGACACCGCAUCUGAUACAGAAGUAGAUCCUGAUUCCAUACUUGGGAAACCCUGAACGAAUCGACGAGAUAUGCCUUCCGCUCAGAUGUAUCACCAGGUCCACCUGGCCUUGCUCGGUCUGAUCAUCCUCUUCUCCUUGCUUGGAUGGACGAUCUCGGCAGGUUUCGUCAACAAGAACUACUAUAUUCAUCGAACGGCAGAGGGUCUCGAGGUAGCUGCAAACCUUCUGAUAUUCCUCGCCGCGUUAGCGUUCCUCGUAUUCUCCUUCACGAACAUCGGACGUCCAGGAUCUGCCAUCAAAUCGGUAUGGGUUGAGCUGCUAGUUUUGGGUUUGCUCUGGAUCGUGGUUGUUAGUGCGGCAGGAACACUAUCGGACGACCUGGAUCAGACCGAUUGCGGAGACGGCUUCGCAAAUUGCGACCUGGGGAGAGCUGCAGCGGCGUUUACCUGGUUGACGUGGAUCGCUGUCGGCUCCGAUGCAGUCCCAUACAAUCUGGAACGAGAACACUCGGGAUCAUGCUUGAACGCCAUGGUCGGGCUUGAAAAGGCCAAGAUGCAACAGGGAACACGAAUUAGGUUAAAAGCGUAUCAGGCGUACCUGUACCUAAGAGGCUAG